AUGUCUCGACAUCUAAGUGAUGCAAUAAAAGUCCACGAGUUCAUGUCUUACCAGACAUUGAUAGGCACGGCUACCAUUCUCGUUGUAUCGCUGCUCGUCCGUCUAUUCAGAAGCAACAGAAAUCUCAAAUUUCCUCCCCUUCGUGACUCUACUUCAAAGGGACUUGGCAGAAUCCUCUCCGAAGCUUAUUCCGAGCACCCUAAGUCCCUAUUUGUCCUUAAUGCGGCCCAUCACCCAACUGUCGUUCUGCCUAUCUUGCUUCUGGACGAAGUCAAGUCCCUACCUGAACAUCAACUCAGCUUGGCCGAGUCAUUUUACCAUCAUUUCUUCGGCCAAUAUACAUCUAUAGGACUGCCACCUGCAGGAGCAAUAAAAGCCAUCAGACUUGAUCUGACAAACAAUAUUGCCAGUAGUCUAGAUCGUCUACAAGACGAAUGCGCAUAUGCCUUCUCUACCGGAGUACCUGAAUGCCCAGCUAACACCUGGACACCUGUUCACGUCUAUCCAGUGCUGACACGAACAAUUGCAUUGUUAUCCGGCAGAGUAUUUGUGGGUUUACCUCUGUCGCGCAAUGACAAAUGGAUCAAUCUCACAGUUAAUUAUACUCUGGACGCUUUUCACUGUCUCUCAAAGCUAAGAGGCUAUAAAAAUUUCGUGCGACCCUUCGUUGCACCAUUUCUUGCAGAGACCAAGGCCAUUCGCAGACACUUCGCUGAUGCUAAGACCCUCCUUAAGCCAGUCUUAGAGCAAAGACUAAAAGAUAUGGCAACUCCUGGCUUCCAACCGCCUAGUGAUUUACUGGAGUGGGUUAUUAAACAAGCUGGUGAAGAUGGCAAGUCAUUGGAUUAUCAAGUGAAUUCUCAGAUUCUUGUAAGCUUGGCUGCGAUUCAUACUACUAGCCAACAACUUGUGCAUACCAUCUAUGAUCUUGCACUGCGACCAGAAUAUGUCGCACCUCUUCGUGAAGAGCUUGAAAAAAUCCUUGCAGAAAACAAUGGAGCUCUUGGGAAACAAUCAAUGGCAAAGCUGAAGAAGAUGGACUCAUUUCUGAAAGAAGUCCAGAGGGUGAACCCAAUAAGCAUGCUUUCAAUGACUCGGUAUACUACAUCCACUCUAAAGCUCUCGACCGGCGAUACCCUUCCAAAGGGGACACACACAGCUUUCUCCUUGGCCGGAGUUUCAAGAGACCCAUCGAUUUGGGACAACGCAGGCGAAUUUGAUGGGUUUCGUUUUGCAAAACUACGCGAGAGACCUGGACAGGAACAUUCUCAUCAAUUUGUUACUACAGGAAAAACUUCUUUUGCUUUUGGCCACGGAACCCAUGCAUGCCCAGGACGAUUCUUCGCAAGCAAUGAGAUGAAGGUAAUAUUGGCACACAUAAUACUGCACUACGAUAUCCAGAUCUCAGAGCGACCAGAAAAUAUAUACAGCAGUACUGAAAUUACGCCUAACCCGAUGGCAAAAGUGAUGUUCCGUAGGCGAAAAAUGUGA